AUGGCACAACCAAGGCGACCAAGAAGGAUGAACGCUCAGGAGGCUUUAGCCAUGCUUCAGAGCAUGUCAGACUACGAAUCUGAUGGUGGAUCUGUUGGAGGCCUAGCAUUUCAGAAUGAAAACAGCGCAACCGAUUCUUCAAGUGACGGGGAUGAUUAUGAUGACAAUGCGACUGCUUUUGCACCAGCAAAGCCUGCCCUCCAAAGACGCACCAGGGGCCGAGUGGUCAAUUAUACCAUUGAGCAGGACAGUUCAAACACUGAGGCUACGUCAGAUGAAGAGGAAGACACAGUGCGCGGCAACCCCCCUCCUUGCAAAAAACAAAAAACUGCUGAUGUUGGCACAAUGCCUGGAUCCACAGAGAAGGCGAAAGAUGGCACUGUUUGGUCCCACUGGAAAGUUGGAGACCUUUCUGUUCCUGAAACCCCACAGACUGCCUUCGAUGGAUCUGGAGGGCCAACAGAUUCUGCGAAAACCCAAAUCACAAGUCACCUUCGCAGCUUCCUGUGUUUGUUGGAUCUGAACAUGUUGCUGACCAUCAGAGACUGCACGGUCCACGAGGCCCGCAGAACAAACCCCAGCUGGCAGAUGAGUGUCUACGAGCUGAUGGCUUUCCUCGCAAUCCUUUUUCGAAGGGCUGCCAUGGGUUACAUUGGUCCCAUGCGACAAAUGUGGGCCAAUAAAUUCGGAAACGAAGAUAUCAAAUCCAUGAUGCCUCGUGACCGGUUUUUUGAAAUAAGACGGUACCUUCGUUUUGACGACAAGGACACCCGCAAGGAACGGAUACACAAUGACAAAUUUGCAGCAAUUUCUGACAUCUGGAUGCGGUUCGUUCAGAACUGCGUGUCGUCCUACAGUCCAGGACAGCAUGUUGCUGUGGAUGAGCUGCUGUUUCCGUCCAAGGUUCGGUGCCCCUUUUUGCAGUACAGUGCAUCCAAGCCUUACAAGUUUGGAAUCAAGUUUUGGAUUGCAGCAGAUCUGGACACGAAAUACAUUUGUAAUGCCAUCCCUUACUUGGGAAAAGAUCCCACUCGUCCAGAAGGAGAGAGGUUUUCAGAGAACGUUGUUCUGAAAGUGAUGGAACCAUUUUUGGACAAGGGAAGGACUGUAGCUAUGGACAAUUUCUUCACCUCUCUGUCUUUGGCUAACAGGCUCCUUCAGCGAAAUACAACUCUGCUUGGCAGCAUCAACAAAAUUCAUCGGGAGCUACCAGCAACUGCAAAGGAAACCUCGGGGCGCGAGUUGCACUCCACACAGGUGUUCAAAUCUGGAAGUGCCUUGCUGACGGUGUAUGCGACAGAAAAAAAGAAAUCUGUCUGUCUUCUGAGUACCAUGCAUGACAAAGUGGAAAUUGUGGACGUUCAAAAACAAAAACCGAACACUGUGGUUGAUUACAACCAUCUCAAAUGUGGUGUUGACCAGAAACUGCGCAACUACUCUGUGCGUGCAGCAACACGGAGGUGGCCCAUGGCUGUGUUUUAUAACCUGCUUGACAUGGCCGCCACAAAUGCACAUGUUUUGUACACAGCGUGUACAGGAUCCAAAGAAAGUCGUCGACUGUUCAUGCUUGAGCUUUCAGAGGAACUCAAAAACAUGUUCCUGCAGGAAAAGUCACAAGAGGAAGAGCAAAAACAGCUACGUUGUGAGAUGAGAGUUUCCCAGCAUAAAAAGACUCAAUGCCAGCGCGCUAACCAGAGAGCGGCGUGUCGCAGCUCAUGCGACCCACUUCACGGGAAUCCUUCUGUAGGAGAGUCCACGGUCGGGGCCGAGGCCCAGGACCAGGACCAGGCACGAAGUUGGUUUGUCGACUUAUCCCAAGCUUCAUGGUCAUGGUCCGUGGGCGACGACUUUUAA